AUUUGUUCAGCUGGUGUAAAGGGCAGUUCAAGACCCUCUCGCUGCCGCUUAUUGUUCACAGGGCAACGACAGGGAGAACGUUUAUAAGCCCAUUGCUUCUGUCUUUCAACAACCAGGUUUUCUGAUGGUGAGGAAUAGCAGACUUUGAUUAAAUCAGAUUACUGGAGAUUAUGCAGAUUACUUUAAAAAACAGCUAGCUGCUAUUGUUGGACUGGCUUUGGGAAGGUGGACGAGGAGGCUGUUGGAGAGGAAAUUGCUACUUCAGGGAAUUCGGACUCUGGAGCACUGAGGCACAAAAAAUGCCGGUCAUUAACAUAGAAGAUCUAACAGAAAAGGAUAAAUUAAAAAUGGAAGUUGAACAACUCAAGAAAGAAGUGAAGCUGGAGCGACAGCUGGUUUCCAAAAUGUGUGAGGAAAUUAAAACCUACAUUGAGGACAAGUCUGGAGAAGAUCCUCUUGUCAAGGGUAUUCCUGAAGACAAGAACCCCUUCAAGGAGAAAGGAGGCUGUGUGAUUGCCUAAAAAUUUCUAGGACUGUAAUCUUCAGUCAAAUAAGUUGGUUUAGACCACCUGGCUCAACUGGCACAUGAAGGACCCCCCUGUAUGCUGCACUGUAUGGAAAGAGAAUGACUUACAACUGUCUGCCCUUCAUGCUUCUACAAUUAACUGCUUUUGGGUGAUAGCCCAACCGCACCAUGUCGAGGACAUAACAUUUAAUUGAGUCCUGGGUCUUAGGGGUAACAUGUUGCUUUGCGGGUUGUACUAGUUUCUUUUCAUAAAACAAAAUAUCUGUAAAUCCUGUUAAUGACCUAUUUUCCUAGAAUAAAAUAAUAUGGUUGUAAGGUG